AUGAAGGUCGAAGUUGACUCCUUUUCCGGUGCAAAGAUUUACCCAGGUAGAGGUACCCUUUUCGUUAGAGGUGACUCCAAGAUUUUCAGAUUCCAAUCUUCUAAAUCUGCAUCUUUAUUCCACCAAAGAAAGAACCCAAGAAGAAUUGCAUGGACUGUUUUAUUCAGAAAGCAACACAAGAAGGGUAUUACUGAAGAAGUUGCAAAGAAGAGAUCCAGAAAGACCGUCAAGCACCAAAGAGCAAUUGUCGGUGCUUCUUUAGACUUGAUCAAGGAAAGAAGAUCUUUAAAGCCAGAACAAAGAAAGGCAAAGAGAACCGAAGCUCUUGCAGCUGCAAAGGAAAAGAAGAAGGCUGACAAGGAAAAGAGAAAGGCAGAAAAGGCUAAGUUAGUUGCUUCUGGUGCAAAGAUCUCUAAGCAACAAGCUAAGGGUGCUUUCCAAAAGGUUCAAGCUACCUCCCGUUAA